AGUCCGGGAACUACGAGCCCCGGCACCGGUCCCUGGCCGGGUGGAGCGGCGCGGCAUGGCGCUGCGGGGCUGCCUGCGGGCCGGGCUGGGGCUGCUGCACGCUGCAGGGCCUCUGGGGCCGCCCGCCCGCGGACGCUGCUCCGGGGGCCGGCCUCCGGCCUUUGGGUUCCUGUUCGACGUGGACGGGGUGCUGGUGCGGGGCAGCCAGGUGGUGCCCGCCGCUCGCCGGGCCUUCCAGAGGCUGGCGGACAGCAGCGGGCGGCUCCGGGUACCCGUCGUCUUCCUCACCAACGCCGGCAACUGCCUGAGAUCGGCCAGGGCCCAAGAGCUGUCCCAUGCGCUGGGGCUGCAGGUGUCUCCGGAGCAGGUGAUCCUGGCCCAUAGCCCUCUCCGCCUCUUCAGCCAGUUCCACCACAAGUGCAUGCUGGUGGCUGGCCAGGGACCCGUGGAGGAGAAUGCCCAGGAACUGGGGUUCAAGCAUGUGGUCACCAUAGAGGCACUCAGGAAGGCAUAUCCCCUGUUAGACAUGGUGGAUCAGAGCCGGAGGCCAAAAGAGCUGCCUCCUCCAACCAUUGGCUUCCCCACUAUAGAAGGGGUGAUUCUGUUUGGUGAGCCAGUGAGGUGGGAGACAAGCUUGCAACUUAUUACUGAUGUACUCCUGAGCAAUGGCAACCCUGAUUCAGAGCUUCAAGAUAUACCAUACCCACAUCUGCCUGUCCUUGCCUGCAACAUGGAUCUCCUGUGGAUGGCUGAAGCCAAGAUGCCCAGGAUUGGACAUGGCACUUUCCUUCUGUGCUUAGAGAACAUCUACAAGAAAGUGACGGGCCGGGAACUGAAGUAUGAGGCUUUAAUUGGCAAACCCAGCACAGUCACCUACCGCUAUGCUGCAUACUUGAUUCAAGAGCAGGCAGAGAAACAGGGCUGGAAGGCUCCCAUCCGACGCCUCUAUGCAGUUGGGGAUAAUCCUAUGUCUGAUGUCUAUGGGGCAAACCUCUACAACAACUACCUCAAGUCAGCUCACCAGAACCAGGUCCAAGCUGGGGUGAAGAGGAGCCUGCAGACAGCCAGUUCCCAAACUGAGGAUCACCUCAAGCUGAGGAAGGACUGCAACAAUUCAGUGGAGAGCUGUGAGUCGAUUCUGGUCUGCACUGGGGUCUACCGCCACAAUGCAGAUGUCCCUACUAAAACAAAAGAGUGCACGAUGGAGUCAGUGUUCCAUGGCCAUCGGGACUUCUGCUUUGACCCCAGCCUGGUGGAGGCAUCUCACAUAGUGCAGGAUGUGAAUGAUGCUGUGCAGCUUGCUUUCAAGAAAGAGAACUGGAGCUAGGGUUAAGACAGGUGUGACUGAAGAUCUGCUGUCAGGGAUUUUAUGUACUGAAAAGGGAAGAAGGGAGGAAUGGGGAGAGACCUGGGGUGAUCUUCUAAUCUAGGCAAUAUGAAAGAAAACUCCCUGCUUCAGCACUAAAAGCCCCUUGCUUUUAUUUAUAAUUUAUCUGUAAUCCUGCCAGGUGCCAGCAGGCUUUCAACUGUGAACAUACAUUGCUGCCAUCAGUAAUUGAGCCAUAAUGGAAACAGGGUAUAAGAAGGUGGCUUGUCCCAGUAAUCCCAGUUUUGUUCAGCCAUCAGAGUUCUUUCUUUGUCACCCUUUGUGCAUGAAGAUCAGGCAAGCCCACCCUCCUCACAAUGUGUUUGAGGAUGAAGCUUUUCCCUGUGCAAGGAGCCAACAUCGGCCAAUGUACCAUUCGUACAAUGUACUAUUCGUCCAGUCUGUGAUGUGAGCACACCAGAAGCCGUGUUGUGGCACUGUGCCAAGGGAAGGCUUUAAGUCUUACCAUUCUCCUUAUGAAGAAUAAGUGCCUGUGGACUUUUAACAAAUUCUGUUUGCUUGAGGAUUUGCCACUGCAUCACUGUCAGUCUGAAACAAAGUCCCAUUUUGCAGUUCACUGGCAGCUAUGAAGAGGCACAGCCCCUCAAAGGAAGCUGCAGUAGUCAGAGCAACUUGCUGCAGUGCUGAAGGAAAAGUUAUAUUGUUCCUUUCCCCCUAUUUAGCAUUCUGUGAACACUUCUGCCUUUUCACAUCCUGCUAGGGAGCCAGCAGCCUGCUCUCAAUAGAAGAGGAAACCACCAUGGAGUCUGAAUUUCCAGAAGUGUUUUUGCCCAGAACUUAGUGUUGCAGCAAGAGGCUGUUUCAGCACCCAUCCUGACCCAAACUUUGCAAGGAACAUCCCCCUGCUCCAGCUGGCACAGCACCCAAAGAGGGGCUCCUAUUUGGAGCAAGGGCCAACCAUGAAGAGUCACAGCUCACCUUUGCUCCUUCCUUACAUGCAAGGAUUGAGGAAGGGAUCAUUAUACCAGGAUGGUACCUAAGCCCUAAAUUCCCAGUCUUCAUCUCUAAGAAUACAUACGUCUCCAUCCUUCAUUUCCUUUCUUCCUCUCUUCUCUCAUGUGGUUUGCAGCUCAGGGAUACCCCAUACAGCCUGAUCCUUGUUUCCUCCUCUUCCUUUAACUUGCAGGUAGAGUCCCCCUAACAUAAAUUAGCAGCUGGGACUUGCCUGCCUAGGAGCAUCUUCAUAUUGUGCACUGUCUGCUGCUUCUGUUCUUCUAGUUCAGGCUAUGCAGAGAAAGAUCAAGACCUGUGUGUCCUUAGACAGUCCAAAGAAACUAAGCAAGGAUUGCUUGAAAAAACUCCAUGUUUUGGAGUUGGCUCAGCAAUAUUGCUCAACAAGGAGUGUCUUAAUUCCAGAGGAGCACUGUGAUUUUAGAAGCAUAAAUCAGUCUGUGUAUAUGAUGGAAAGCCUUUGGGGGAAACACAACUGAGUUGGUGUUCCUAGUUAUACUCUCCUCACACUGCACAGAGAUGAGAAAUAAGUCUUUGCCUCCUCUUCCUUCCCUCCUGCUUUACCAGGCACCUUCAUACAAAGGGUACAAACAAGAUGGUUGAGUUGUUCUUAAUUCAGAUCUCAGCGUCCAUGCACCCUGACAUUUUGCUUCAGUAGCUCUCUGUCCUCUUGAUACUGAUGUGCCUUCCUAGGAAUAUCACACUGCAGAGGAUCUGUUCUUAUGCCAGGCUUUGCAUAUGGAGGGAACUGGAUGUUCUGUCAGUGACCCAGGUAAAGAAGGCCUUCUCAGUGGCUUCUUUAUACCUUAUUUUCUGAAUAGGAGCAGAAAAAAACCUCUCUGGGUGAAUUUCCCUCCUGUGAAAUCUAUAGUAGGAAGCAGUCUCUUUCUGUCUUAGUACUAGCUGGAUUCUUGUUGGUCUUAACAGGACAAAAAUUGCUUGGCUGCUUCUAAAAGCAGCUGUAACAUGAGGAACACGAUCUUAGUUUUGAAUCCUCUGCCUUCCUCCAGAGAGAAAAAGAAAUUGCCAUUUCAUCUCCUUGCACAAGACAAGGGCUUGUCUCCAAUUUCCAGAAGAGUAAGUACAGGGAAGGAUUUUACAUAUAGGGAAGGUGCUUUAGCUUUUAGCAUAUCAUAGUCAAAAUUGUGCUGUGGACCCAGUGUGCGAGACCUUAAACUGGAAGUCGAACCCCCAUUUAUUUGUAAACUAGGUCCAGUGUCCCUCAGCCGUACUUUUCAGUGGUGCCAUCCAGCUCAGAAAGAGGAAUGUUCACCUUCCUUGCAGUAUUUGCUAACUUUCAUGGGAUUAAUUAAUAGUCUAGAUCAUGGAAAUGAUCUUGUAGGCCAUGAUUACAUAGACCUCAGAGAGCUGGUUGCUGGCAGUAGCUGCUAGCCACACCUUCAAUUUAGGAAAUAGUUAUCUGCAGAAAUACUAAUAUCCGUCCACCUGUGUGUGAAGAGCUCCUUUUUACAUAUUGAGACUCUGGUGCCAAUUACUCAAAACCAGGGUGCUGCUGAACCAGCGUUUCUUGAGGGGUGUAGUUCUGCCAAAUCAGCUAACCCAAAUGGAGCGAGGUGCACUGGCAGCUUCUUAGUGAUGGCAGUAGCUUUGUAGAAGGAACAAGCAGAAGAAUUGUGAGAAAUCACAAGCAGUUUGUAAUUUCAUAUCAGCAUGGGCACCACAUCUCAGCCAGAAAUUAGGUAGGUUGCAAAAGGAAGGAGAUAGCACCUCCUUCAAGAAAGGAAGAGGUUUGCAUUUGCUCAGAGAGUGAGCCAGGCAUCUCUGUCUUUGGAGUGGCAGUGGAGGUGAAGUGACUGAUGUGAAUAUGCUUCAGAUUCCAAAUCUGCUUUUAGCUCCAGAUUUUUUUUUCACUAUGUUAGUGUUGAAACAGUGCUCUGGAAGCCUUAAAAAUGUGUAGGAGGAACUUCAGUGAUACAGAAUUUAAGAAAUGCUUUGCUUGCAAGUUGAAAUUGGACAGAAGGGAGGAGGAGGAGGAAUCUAGAAGAAUCCUGUACCCUUCCCCCAGUUCUUACCAAGUAAGGUUGCAUAAAAGGCUCUGCUGUUCAUCUAUGCACUACUAAAUCAGAUGGGCUGCCCUUGGUCUGAGCAACAUUGAGACCUUUCCCCUCUCCUCCUGCUCAGCUCCUUGGAACAGUACAUUUCUUCCAAGUCACUGCUUAGGAAUUGCUUGGACACUGUGAACUUCUCUGGCUGUUGUUGGUACAGAUUUGAUUGUGGAAGAAUUCUACAAACAAAAUGCUUGCCAGGUCUCCUCUGUUCUAAAGUUUUGUGCUAGAGUGCUGUGUAGGCUUCUAGGUACCUUGCAGUUCAUUUAUGGACAUCUGUAGUUGCUAGAAUACAGUGAAGUCCUUUUUUCGUGGGAUUGCAGGUUUCUGGAAUUAGCUUCAAGUGUGGCUGCAACAGAACUUUUCCUUUGUCUCAUGUGUUGCACAGAAGUGGUAUUUCUGAAGCUGUAUUUCCCUCACUUGAAGCAAGCAUACUUGUGUGCAGAUUAUGGGACCAAGCAGAAGAAGGGUCUUCACUUGCUGACCCAGUAUCUUAGUAUUCAUACGGUUCACUGCUCUAUACAACAAACGAGGUGAAGACCUGAUCCUAACAACCCCAUCUUCCACAGAUGGAUAGGUGUUAGUCAAGCCUAAAGGGAAUAUGCAGCGAGGUAAGGCAACUGAGAAAAGCAGGGAGGAACCGGAGGAGGGAUAGACCUUGUUUUGGAUCUGAAGCAGAGAGCUUUUAUGUCAUGAAAUAUCAUGGUGCCAGAGAGAAUUCCUUUAUUCCAGAGGACACAUGCAACUACUAACCUGGCAUUCAGAGGGUCAUGUAACACUACCUUCCCCUUUCUUCCAGUCUUACUGAUGGUGUGUUUUUUUCACUCUAAUAAAUGGGUAAUGUUUUGGAUUAUAUCACACACACUGUAGCAGAGUGAUUACAUAUCAUACAGAGAAAUCACAAGCUGUGAUUAUUUUAGAUUUCAUAUUAAUUUUAACCUAGUUCCAGAGUUGCUCUUUUGAUCUAGUAUAUAUAUAUAUAAAAUAAUAAAAGAUGUUUUCUUUGAAAUAAAUUUUAACUUGCUGUGUGAA